CGUUAUCGACGGCAAACAAACCUUAUCUCAAGAUUUCGAACGUUUGGUUACCGAAGCUACAACGAUAUUUUUUAAUCUCGCCUUGUCCAAAUCGGCAAUUUUCGCGGCACAUGCAACAGGACACCCAACUAUGUGGACGAUCGCGACUGUCUUUGGGCUGUUGGGGGCACUUUUCAGAGUCGUCCAAGGGGAUUACGUGGCGGCCGUAGUCGAAUUUCAUUCAAUCAUCAGCACGCAACCGAAUAUCACUUUGGAAGAAAACGUCAAUGAAUUCGUACACCAAAUUGCUUCGGCCAAGAUCGCAGGUGCGCAGAUAAUCGUAUUUCCCGAAUACGGUCUGACGGGUUUGGUGCAGGAGCCGGAAAACUAUUCCAUUCAAGUACCGCCCGUUGGAACAGUUCCUUCGGCUGAUGUCGACUACUACUUGACGAGGCUCUCGAACGCUGCCAGCGAACAUUCGAUCUAUGUGGUGAUCAAUGUUCUGGAAAGGGCGAAUCGGACCAGAGACGACAUAAACGAAACCAUCUACUACAAUACGAACGUAGUGUUCGGGUCGUCUGGUGCCAUAAUUGCCAAGUACCGCAAGUUGAAUCUGUAUUUCGAACCUAAGCUGACGCCCGGUAACGAGACGGUCGUGUUCGAUACCGAUUUCGGUACAUUCGGUCUCAUCACGUGCAACGACAUUUUGUUCCGCGACCCCGCCCAAACGGUACUCCGCAACGGCACAGUCACUGACGUCAUUUUCACUGCCGCGUGGUCAUCGGAACUGCCGUUUUUCACGUCGUUGCAGGUGCAAGCGGGUUACGCGGCUGCCAACGGAAUCAACUUGCUGGCCGCAAACCUCAACAGGCCGUCGGGGGCCGGCAGCGGCAGCGGUAUUUACAGAAGGGACGGCACCAUCCUUCGUCAAGUUAUCACUGGCUCCCCCUCUACCACCUUGUUGUUCGCCAACGUCGAGUCGAUCGUAAAACCCAGGAAUUUCAAUCCGUUCGGUUUCGGGAUACUGAGAAACGAAACGACCGAUGAGCUGGCCGGUCUCCAGACCCUGCGAGAUUUCGAUUCCUCGUCGUACACCCUCAAGUCGCCCGAUUUGUCCCUAAACGGCAACAACGUGACUGAGCAGGUUUGCCGCGGUUCCUUCUGCUGCAGUUUCAACGUCGUCGUCAACCAGGCGAAUUCGUCGGAAUUUUACAAGUUAUUAGCGUUCAACGGCAGGAAGAAUAUCGGCGAACUUGAUGUUAAUGUGCAGCUAUGCGCCCUGAUAGGGUGCGAGCGAGACGACGCUGACACUUGUGGAAUCAGGCGCACCUUCACCACCAAGUUUAGCCAAAUCACGGUGUGGGGCAACUUCGAGAACCGCCCGGACACUUUCUUCCGGCCCACUAGUUUGAGGGGCGAUUUGAGGCCAGUUUCGAACGCGACCUAUCUCGAGAGUAGGGUCAACGAAACGUUGGGUAUCAGUUUUAAUACCAGCAAGGUGGAGAAUAAUGUGCUGGUAUUCGGUAUCAUCGCUACGGGAGGGAGUUCAAGGAUGAGUUUGAGUUUCGUGUUUGUAGGCGCGGUCUCCAUAGCCAUGCGCGCUUUAAUGUUUCGUAUUUUUGCGUAAGAGUUAUUAAUUUGAUAGGAUAGUUUUUUUUUUAACCGGCAAACAUUUUUAUAAAUAAAGAAGACUUGUAGUGCAGCUGAGUGUUUUUUUCGUAAACGACCACUAAUGCACCGUUCUAACUUUUUCGCUCGCGGGCUGUGCAUCAUACAGGGAACGUUAAUACUUGCGGAAAUGCGCCAUCUGUUGAAUAGAAUUAGUAUAUUUAGUAGUUUACCGAACGUGUUGCCUAGUAUACUUUUUCUACGACCGUCACGAAAAUAACACAAUUUAACCAAUUAAAAUAGUCUCUUUUUAACUGGGUACGUUAGACAGAGAGAGGUGUAUUACUGAAUAUGUCAUAUAAACAA